GACCAGACAGAGGCGGUCGCUGGACAUACACAGAGAGGUGUGGAGUUCCUGGAAAAAAUAGGUACUUUCGCGAAGGAGCGGGCUAUAAUUGAAGAGGAAUAUGCCGCUAAAGCACUGGCCAAAAGAUCUCUUGGUAGGAAAAAAGAAGAUGAAGAGGCAGCGAAAAAUUUCACGUACGUCAGGUCAUUUGCAAAUCUGUUACGAGAGCUGGAACUACUUGCUGGGCAACAUGAGGUUAUUGGAGAGCGAAUCCGGAAAGAAGUGGUUCCUUACGUUAUGACAAGGGCUGGCGUUCAUCGUGCUCAACGAAAGCAGUGUCUUGCUGACCUUCAAGCAAUCCAUGCUAAUCUUACCGGUGCCAUGGAACAUCUCUUCAAAGCGCAGAAACAUUAUAGUAAAACGUUCAAGGAAGCGGAGGCUGCUUCUCUGAAGUAUGCAAAAGCUGACAAAAACAUGGAGAUUUCGCGUUUGGAUUUGGAUAAAGCAAAAAAUAAUGCGCAGAUGCGGUGUAACAUAAGUGAAGAGGCCAAGCAGGCAUACGCGAAUGCGUUGCACGAUGCAAACGAUACCCAAAACGCUCAUUAUUCGCAACAUUUGCCUGCAGCUUUAGCACGAAUGAGG